UACCUUGGUCUGUCUGGCCCCCACCAUCAUCACCAAACAAGGGAGCCAGUCUCUAUGACAACCUGGUACAGGCGGGGUCUGCCAGCUGGAGGCAGACUCAGUCAGUCCUCAGUUGGUAUCACCGCUCCAAACCUCCACACUGCAUCACGCCCAGAGUGGAAUGGAAGAACAGGACAAGAAAGAAAAUGGGGAGUAUACCGGAGAAAUCAAAGGUGGACUGCGGCCCUCAAUGAAACUUGUUGUCAUGGGGAUUGUUAACAAAAAACCAAAAAGCAUUGAGGUGAUUCUGUCUAGUAAGCCUCAGGAAGAGGAAACAGAGGGCGACGUGGGUCUGCAGCUGAAGGUCAACUUCAUGGAUAAGGCUGUCCAACGCAACGCCCGCUUGGAUGGAAAGUGGGGUCCAUCUGAAAAUACACUCUCCUUUUUUCCUUUUGCUGCCGGAGAAUCCUUCAAGAUGGAGAUUGUCUGUGAGCACCAGCAGUUUCGUAUCUUGGUGGACGGUCAGCCUCUUUGUGGUUUCACCCACCGUCUGUCCCAGCUUGCCUCCCUCACUGCCUUACGAGUGUUUGGGGACCUACAGCUCACCAAGGUGGCCUAAUACCAGCAUCUUACCCACAGAUAACGGACAUGAGGAUGCUUUGGGACAGUAUACAGUAAAUAACAUUAGAAUAGACCUUCUUUUUGUGUGAAUACAUGAACCCGUUAUGAGGAAGUUUUGUUUCCAUUUUCAAACAAAGUUACGCCAGCCUCGUAAUCAUGCGUUAAGACAAAAGUGCCUUCACUAAGAUUACAUGUCUGGGGACUUGAAGAUUAAGAUUGAAUGUUAUAGUCAUAAAUGUCUUAAUUCAAAUGAAGAAUGUGAUUCAAACUGAUGUGAAUUGUUACGAAUGUGAUCUAAGCUAACUUAUUAUCUCUGAGCGAACACUGUACAGACACAAUGAGCCACUAAAAAAGUGCUGCAUUAGUCUUUGUGAUUUAGAAAAAAGAGAUUUCUGACAUCUGUCUUUGACUUCUCUGGAGUUAACCUUUGAAAGCACUUAAGUUUAUUAGCGCCUGCAUGAGCAAAUCUUUCUGAAGUUGAUUACGUAACAAAGACUGUCAUUUUAUGCCAGAUUUAAAACUGCAACGACAGUAUAAACCAAUGUAAGUAGCCUACAUUAGUGCAAACCACUAAACAAACACAAUGCUUGUUUUUUCUGUCUGAGUGAAGAUUAAUCCAAAAGCUGGAAAGAUUUAGUCAUAUCACACAUUCAGUGAUUGUACUAUUAUCAACCCUGGCUUUGAAAACACUCAUUAGUUUGCGUAUUUAUCAUUUUCUUCUGGCACUUGUCAUAGGAAUGUUUCAUAUUGUCGUACUUCAUUGCAAUAAAUCAGUUUUGCUGUUA